AUGCACGAUGCACAAAAUGUUGACAAAAGUACCAAAUUUAUAGAGGAUGGUGUACGAGAACUACUCAAAGCAAGAAGAGUUUUAUGUGGUUCUUAUGUUUAUGGCUAUUACCUCGAAGACGACGGAUACAACAAAACUAUUUUUGAGUUUAUGCAAAAUGAGUUAGAAGAAGUAACAGAAAAGUUAAGUGAAAUGAUAGCUAGACCUUAUUUGCGCACACCAAAGGCUGUGAUAAUUCAAACGUCUGCUCUGGCGAGAAGAAAAAGACACGAGUUCGUAAGAGCUAUUGAACAGGGACUUAUACCUCCUGAAACCCCACCAGCACUUAGAAAACAGAAAUGUUUAGAUUCCGAUCUAUCCCAAACCUCCGAAUGGUUAAAAGACUGCGAAUGGCCUGAAUACGAUACAGACGAAGAGACUGAUAUGGGUGUUACUCACAAACAUUUCCCUUGUACCUGUAGAUCCCCAAUUAAAGAUCAUCAGCGUAAUUUAGUUUGUCCGCGGAGCUUUAGAAAAGGUUCAGACUACAACAUGGAACUCAUAAUAGCCCUAGAGAUGUCACGUUUACAGAUGAUAGAAGACAGAAUGAAACAGGCUCAGCAAACUCAAGUGGUUACUCCUGAUCCAAGCUCAAAUAAUAGCAACGAAAGUGGAGAUGAUCAACUUAAGCUUGCUAUCCAGCUGAGCCUUCAGGAAUCCACUAUACCAAGAUGCAAACAAAGCGAAUUAAAAAGAACUACAAUGGUUAAAACUAAUGCGGAGUUAACAGUAGAUUAUUUUUUAAAAUCUUUAGCAAACCAUAAUAUAGAUCUUAAAGCAAUUCAGAAAUUAAAAGAGCAAGAACAAGUAGAUAUUAUAUUACCUCCAGCAGGUAAUGAAGAUGGCAGGUUUCAGAUUUCUGAUAUUCAUGAAAAUGGGUAUGCUUUUGAAGAUGUUGAUGAUGAAUACGAUUGUGAUGUUAGUUUAAAACGAUCUCAUUCUACUGGAGAUCUGUGUGUACGUAGAAGUAGUAGGGCUCGAAUCCGUACGAACAUGGACGAACCGCGUUACCAUUUAGAUUCAGAUCACAGCAGUCAGCACGAAGACAAGCCAGAAGAUUUAGUACGAAGGUUGAUGGCACUACCAGCUGCAUCGAUACGUACAAAACAAUUUCUUCUUCUGCACACCUCCUAUCCCGAAGAAGACAGCCAAGGACAGAGUUCUGUAGAGGACACUACUACCUCUGAUUCCAUAAACGCUGAUCCGGAGAGUUUAUGUGCAACGAAAAUUACACAAAAAGAAAGCCCAAAUAAAAGUCAAAAUUACGACGACGAAACUAAAAAGACUGAACAAUCAGCCAAAAUUGCGGAAUGUAAAAAACAAACCCAUAACCCCUUUUCUUCCUUAAAAACUAAACUGUGUUCAGCACAUAUACCUAAACCAAGCUGUUUUUCCAAAAUCGCUGUGAAUAAAACCAUUGACCGGUUGGAUGAAAGUAACACCCCUAAUAAACAAUUUAGUAGCAAUAGUGAACAAAAACAUUAUGACAGUACUAAAGCUAAACAAAAAGAAGAUGGUGAUAAGAAGUACGUUAUUAUUAGUGAAUGUAAAAGUGAAAAACAAAGUCCAAAGAAGCACCAUAAAACUUGUAGAAAAAGUAUAUUCUCGAAGUCAACCGGAUUUUUAGUGGAGGAACAGAAAAAAGCUAGUAGAGGAUUAUCAUCCAAUCUCCGCAUUAAAAUAUGUGAUAGCCCUUUAUCCAAUACCGAAUACUUUUUAGAAACAGAUAGUUCAAAUGAAUACGAAAGCGAGACAGGUAUUCCAAAGUCUCCUACAUUAUUCAUAUCUGGUGUAUCGAUAUCUCGUACACCUGAACCAAAAUCGACAGGCGUUAACUUUAUACAAGCUGGAAGAUCAUCUAGGUCGUCGAGUUUUAGCAUACCAUUGCCUUUAAGUUCCUGUUCUUUAAAUAUAUCAAGUACGAGUCUUAACAAUUAUUCUUCUUUACCUCCUGAACCGUACACUCCGUCUCUGGUUAAAUCUUGUACGCCGAUAACUUCUAGAUCAAAUCUUCAGACCCCAAGCACAAGUCCAUCCAGGUCCAUUACCGAGAAUGGAAAAACUAGGAGCGCUAACGAACCUGAGAGAGAAAGAGAAAUGUUUAGGUUUCCAAAAUCAUCCACAGAUGGAGCUCUUAGUUCCGUUCUUCACGUUCAGGAAUCCAAUUUAAGUUCAGAUGAUUUUCAUGAAGCUCUUUUCCUAUUAGAAAGAUCUCAAGUAAGAGAUUCGAAAAGAAGAAAGAAAUCAAAGAAGAGAGAAAAAGGAGAGAAAGGGGAAAAAGGAGAGAAAGGAGAAAAAGACGAGAAAAAGGAAGAUCAAAGCUCUGUUCUUUAA